AUGUAUAAUGAUUAUGCAUUUAGGCAUGGAUUUAGUAUUAGGAAGGGGAAAAUUCGAUAUGUUGGUACUUCAAGUGUUUGGAGAGGCAGAAACUACCUAUGUUCAAAUGCUGGUUUGAAGGAUACUUCUUCUAAGAUGCCUAGGAAGUUUUCUAAGUUGGAUUACCGUACAUGUUAUAAAGCUUUUAUUGAUUUUGUAAUUGAUGAGAAAGGUGUAUGGACUGCUGUUAAACAUAAUACGGAUCACAAUCAUGCUAUGAUACCUGUUGAGAAGAGACAUCUCCUUAGGUCUCAAAGAAAAAUUCAAGGUGAGCAUUUGAAGUUCAUUAGUACUAUGAGGGCUAGUGGGGUUAAGGUUACUGAUUCUGUUCGUGCUUUGAGGAAAGAAGUUGGUGGAUCUCCUAAUCCAUGCUACACUAUUAUUGAUGUUUAUAAUGCUUUAGCUACUAAAAAAGCUAGCAGAUUAGAAGGUGGUGAUUGUAAUGCUUUGAUCAAGUCAUUUGCUGCAAGACAAGCAAAAGAGAGGGACUUUUAUUAUGAGUUUGAGGUGGAUGGAAAUCAUGUCCUUAGUAGUGUAUUUUGGAGGGAUGGUAGAAUGUGA